GAGUUUUAAAAAGAUGCUAGCACGAUAAAAAGAAGAAAAAAAAACCAUAUUUUCUUCUUUUCUACACCUUUGAACUUUGAUCUUUCAUUGGCCAAAAUCUAUGCUUUCCCUCUUGACUUCUUGAAUCUUGACCCAUUUCUCUCCUCCAUAUAACUCAAAUACGGAGUACUCUUAUUUAAUUUCCUUUUUAUUUUUCUAUCCAUUUCCAAAAAAUAAAAGAAAAUAGAAAAACCAGAUUAUGGUUAUCAUCAUUGCUACUAUCCGUCUUCAUUUCUAAAAUCUAACGGCUGUUCAUCUCAUGGUAACUCCUCCUCUUAAAUAUCCUCUUCAUUUCACCACCUCUUCCGACGGCGCGUGAUUUACAAACGCCAAUCUGGAUGGGCCAAUCAGCGUCCGUUCCAGUUAACUCACCCGAGUUGACUCGCCAUCCUUCCCGUUCCUUCUCCUUCACAACUCGCUUCACCUCUUCCACCCGCAAAAAAACAACCCACGCGCCGACUCACCCACCUCCCCCUCCUCCGCCACCACCACCUCUUCCUUUCGUUCAACGAAACCAGAUGGUUAAACCCGAAGAUGGGCCCGUUCCCUUCAACAUUUUUCCUGACCCCACAUCAGAAAUCCCCGACGAAUGCCUGGCCCACAUCUUCCAGUCUCUCUCCUCCGGCGACCGCAAGCGCUGUUCCCUCGUCUGCAAGCGGUGGUUCGUCGUCGAAGGCCAAAGCCGUUGCCGCCUCUCCUUGAACGCCAACUCGGAGAUCUCAGCUCACCUAACUUCCCUCUUCUCCCGAUUCGACUCGGUCACCAAGCUCGCCCUCCGAUGCGACCGUCGAUCUGUCAGCAUAAGCGACGACGCCCUCGUCCUCAUUUCCCUCCGGUGCCGCAACCUCAUGCGCCUCAAACUCCGGGGAUGCCGCGAACUCACCGACCUAGGAAUCGCCGCCUUCGCUCAGAACUGUAAGUCCCUCAAAAAACUCUCAUGUGGCUCCUGCGUUUUUGGUGCCAAGGGCCUCAACGCCGUCUUUGAACACUGCAUUUUGCUCGAAGAAAUUUCAAUUAAGCGCCUCCGUGGCAUUAACAACGACGGCGAUUCAGAGGCUGCAGCUGAGCCCAUCGGGCCCGGGCUUGCAGCUAAGUCGUUGAAGAGUAUUUGCCUGAAGGAGCUUUAUAACGGGCAGUUAUUCGGCCCAUUGAUUGUCGGGUCUAAAAAUCUGAAAACUUUGAAGUUGAUUCGGUGUUUGGGGGAAUGGGAUAGGGUUUUGGAAAUGAUGGCUAGUGAGAAAUCGAAUUCUAGUUAUACUUAUAAUAAUAGUAAUGAUAAUAGUAAUUUAAACGGAUUGGUUGAGAUUCAUCUGGAGAGGAUACAGGUUACUGAUUCUGGGUUAUCUGCAAUUUCAAAUUGUGCUACUUUGGAGAUUCUGCAUCUUGUUAAGACCCCUGAGUGUACUAACUUAGGGAUUAUUUCCAUGGCGGAGCGGUGUAAAUUGCUGAGGAAAGUUCACAUUGAUGGGUGGAGAACUAACAAGAUUGGUGAUGAAGGGUUGAUUGCACUAGGGAAGAACUGUUCUAAUUUACAGGAACUUGUAUUGAUUGGUGUUAAUCCCACAACCUUGAGUUUAGAGGUGAUUGCUUCUAACUGCCGGAGUUUAGAGAGGUUGGCGCUUUGUAGUAGUGAGACUAUUGGCGAUUUGGAAAUGUCGUGUAUUGCUUCGAAAUGCACAGCUUUGAAGAAGUUCUGUAUCAAGAGUUGCCCCAUUUCAGAUAAUGGGUUGGAAGCAUUGGCUUGGGGUUGCCCUAACUUGGUGAAGAUUAAGGUUAAGAAGUGUAGAGAUGUGACUCGAGAUGUUGUUGAAUGGUUGAGGGAGAAGAGGGAAUCAUUGAUCGUUAAUUUGGAUGCCGAUGAGAUUGAGGCCGUUGAUGCUAGUGCUAGUGAAGCAGGAGGAGUCCAGGGAGAAGAUGGUGCAGAUUUUCCGGCAGGGGAGACCGAUAUAACUUCUUUUCAGGCUCCUGCUAGGGGAAAUGGUCGCGGCGUGUCUUUGUUCAGGAAUAAGUUAAGCUUCAUGUUUGGUAGGAAUAUAGCAGCUUGUGCUUUGAGAAGGUGGACGACUGGUAGCAGUAAUACCAAUGGUGGUAAUCAAUGAACAAUUCAAGCAGCAAAGCAAAUGUCAGAAAAAUGAAGUCGUAAAAGUCGAUGGUGGAGUAUUACGCAUAUAGGUUGCACACAAGAACAAGUGAAACACAAAAUUUAAUGCAAGGAGGGCGAUUGAUGCAACAAGUUAUAUUGGACUGCUACUGUUCAAUUGAUGACAAAAAGUUUUCUUUUAUACAGCACAACGAACUACAAUAUAGGUGUGUAACCGAGGUUGCAAGCCUACAUGUGUCCAUAAUAUAUUCACCGCAAACCCGAGAUAGGUAGAAUUAGAAGGACAACA